AUUUUCGCCCCAGCGUAUAGGUUAUGUACAUAUGUUGUUAUUUUAAUUCAAACUUGUAAAUAUACAAAAAAUGUCCACAUCCCUCGACAUAAGACUGAAACGCGCCGACAAAGUAUACCGAGAAGAAGAAAAUAUCACGGGAGUCAUAGCAAUAACCACAGCGUCUGAUCUCAAGCACGACGGAAUCACCCUCACAGUCGAAGGAUGCGUCAACCUUCAACUAAGCUCAAAAAACGUAGGCAUCAUCGAUGCCUUCUACAACUCAGUUAAACCAAUACAACUCAUCGGAGUCACGUGCGAAGUGAGCGGCUCCAGUCGUCUUCCAGCCGGAACCACAGAAAUCCCCUUCGAAGUACCCCUCAAGCCGAGAGCCAAUCGAGUCCUGUACGAAACCUACCACGGCGUGUACAUUAACAUUAGUUACGCUAUUCGCUGCGACGUCAAACGUUCAUUCCUCUCAAAAGACUUGCAAAAAAGCCAGCAGUUUUUAGUGCAAUAUUGGCCAGGUCGCAACCCUGGGCCACCCCCGCAUAUAAAAGACACCAACAGAAGUGUACCUUUUAAGUUAAGUCCGACGACGUUAGCAGCAGGGGGCGCAGGUGCUCCGGAUUUUUUGUUAAGGGGGCAGUUGGAUGGGAUUUGCUGCAGCGUGAAUAGGCCGUUCACGGGGCACGUGAUUUUGGAGAGGUGUGCGGCCCCGGUUAGGUCCAUUGAGUUGCAGUUGGUACGAGUGGAGACAUGUGGCUGUGCGGAAGGAUAUGCGAGGGAAGCGACGGAGAUACAGAAUAUUCAAAUAGGCGACGGUGAUAUUCCUACAAAUGUUGAUAUACCCAUUUAUAUGGUGUUUCCAAGACUGUUUACGUGUCCAACUUUGAUCACCACUAACUUCAAAAUAGAGUUCGAGGUAAACCUGGUGAUCGUAUUCCAUGAUGACCACUUGGUCACAAAUAACUUUCCAUUGAUAUUAGUACGAGAAUAGCAUAUAAAAAUGAUUUAUUUAUAAGUUUAUACAUAAAGAAAAGCAUACAUAGAAAUUACGAUUCGGCGACGGCGAGUGCUAGACUUGAAACUAUAGGAUCUAAUUGUUUUUGUAUUGCCAGAAUGUGUCCUGUGUUGCAAGAAUCACUAGCAAUAAAUGUAACGAUAAGUGGGA